AUGACAUGUAUCACACAUUGUAUCUUUGAUAUGGAUGGUCUCCUAUUGGAUACUGAGCGUGUCUACACAGAAGUGACUCAGCAAAUCCUAGACAAGUACGCUGAUGGUGUCAAAUUCACUUGGGAGGUCAAGAGUAAACUCAUGGGAAGAAAUGGCGAUGAGUCUGCUGCUAUGGUAGUCGACACUUAUCAACUACCCAUGACAACUCAAGAAUACUUGGCCAUGACAUCCAUCAUUCAAGAGGAUUUGUUUCCUCAUGUCAAGCUUUUACCUGGUGUAGAAAAGUUAGUACGUCAUUUAAAAGCACAUAAUAUUCCUAUUGCUGUUGCUACUUCUUCUACACGCGCCAAAUUUGAACUCAAGACAUCCUUGAACAAGGAGAUCUUUACAUUGUUUGAUGUGAUUGUCUGUGGUGAUGAUCCCGAGAUUAAGCGAGGCAAACCUUCUCCUGAUCUCUUCUUGGCUGCUCAAAAGAAACUAGGUCAUCCAGCUUCUGAAAACUGUCUUGUGUUUGAAGAUGCUGUGAAUGGAGUCCAAGCUGCUUUGAAUGCCAGCAUGCAUGUUGUCUGGAUUCCUGAUGAAAAUAUCAAAGCUUUAACAGGAGAACAUGAUCAUGGUGCUACCUGUGUUCUUCCAUCCAUGGCUUACUUUGUGCCUGAAGCAUUCUCACUUCCUCCUUUUAGAGAAUAA